AUGGCUCAAGCUGUGUCGACUCAAGCCAAUAGGGAUGUUGUGUCCCAUGUGAACCCAAAUGUGAACUCCGCAGCCUUAAGAGUGAGGGAGUUCAUUAAGAUGAAACCUCCGGAGUUUUGUGGCUCCAAGGUGGAGGAAAACCCUAAGGAGUUUAUAGAUGCGUUGUGUAGGAUUCUUGAUAUCUUGGGGGUGACCUUGGUAGAGAAAACGGAGUUAGCCGCUUACCAAUUGAAAGGGGUAGCUCAAAUAUGGUAUGGUCAAUGGAAAAUGAGUAGACCGGUAGAAUCGGGUCCCAUAGAAUGGAAGGUGUUUGAAGAGGCAUUCCUUUAUAGGUUCUUUCCCCUAGAGUUGAGGAAGGCUAAGAUGCAAGAGUUUAUCAACCUUAGGCAAGGUAGCAUGAGUGUUCAAGAGUAUUCCCUAAAAUUUACUCAACUCUCUAAGUAUGCCCCAACCUUCGCGGACAACUCAAGGGAAGAGAAUGAACCAUUUCAUGAUGGGAGUAUCCGAAUUGGUAGAAAAUGGUCGUGUGGCAAUGCUUAUAUAUGA